CACCUGCGCUGCAACGGGGGCUCUCCCUGGGAGACGAAGUGACAACUAUUUCUAGCACUGCUUUGUGGGUCCAGAAUGGUUGUCAUUUCCUUUCUCCAUUCAACAACGGGGGAAUUUUUGGGGUAAAAUUUUUGUUGCACAUAGCGCCACCUUAGUGUCCUUUAUCAGGCCAGGAAACACAUAGCUGCUUUCUUCCAGGAAUAGCGCCACACGUGUCCCCAGGUUGUGUCUGGUAUUGCAGCUCAGCUCUAUUGAAGUGAAUGGACUGCAAUUCCACACACAGCCUGUGAAACUGGAGUGGCGCUGUUUUUUGAAGAAAGCGUACAUAACCCUCGAAACAUUAUGUAGAUAAGGUGCCGGUCCGGACUAAUCCGAAUCCUUCAGGUCUGGAUGAUAGGAUAGACAAUCUCCAAAUCGGAUUGGCCACGUGGCCAGUUCGGGCUGACAGUCAGUUCCGUUCAUGUGCAUGGAUUUCUACAAGCCUCACUGAAAUGAAUCCUAGAUGUCUGCCGUGUGUAUGUUCUCUUUGCAUUGAGGCAUGUCGAGGUGAAGCUCAGCCCUUGAAAUUAGCACUAAGGGGCGUGGGCGACUGCCCUGUGGCCAAUAAGUGGCAGAGUGGGUUGGUCCAGGUGGCACGCUCAGGAUACACCUGCUGUUAUAUGCUUCACUAAGUCACGCCCCCGACCAUACACAGGUGCUGACACUGCACAGCUCAACUAGACAAUGUUAUGUGGAGACACCUCUAACACCUUGCUGCUCCAGCAUCUACUACUACCUCCAAUGUCCACACAAGACAGGAAGUGCCCGCAUGUGGACGUCUGAUCUCCUUUCUUUUUUAAGAAUCCUUGGUUUUUAGCAGUUUUAUUUUAAUAUUUUACUUCAUUUUAGCCUUACUUUUACUUUCUAAACUGGAGACCUGGGAGAUGGAGAGGACAACCCCCCAAACGUGCGUCUUCAAUACAGCGUUGAUCAUCGCUCUCGUGUUUGUCGCAAGUGUGGAGAUGACUGAUUUUUGUGGAAGCAUGGACAUCCGGAGUGAUGUCAGCCAGCUCCGUAAAUUGGAGAACUGUACCGUCAUCCAAGGUAAUCUACAGAUCCUACUUAUGUUUGGCACAAAGCCCGAGGAUUUCCGAGGCCUGAGUUUCCCUCGUUUGACCAUGAUCACAGAGUAUCUUCUCCUGUUUCGGGUCUACGGCCUAGAAAGUCUUCAGGAACUCUUUCCCAACCUUUCUGUGAUCCGAGGUACUCACCUGUUCUUCCACUACUCCUUGGUUAUCUUUGAGAUGCCUCACUUACGGGACAUAGGACUUCACAGUCUCACCAAUAUACUACGAGGGGCAGUCCGCAUUGAACGUAACCAGGAGCUCUGUCACAUCUUCACCAUAGACUGGUCACUGUUGUCGGACAUGGAAGACAACCACUACAUUGUCGGUAACAAGCCAGUAGAGGAGUGUGCAGAUGUUUGUCCCGGCGUCCUGAAAUCCUUAUGUGUCAAGACUGUAAUAAGUGGAGUGGAGGAACCACGGUGCUGGACGUCUCGUUACUGCCAGAAAGUGUGUAACUGUGGUAAAGACACGGCCUGUACGAGCGGCGGAGAUUGCUGUCACCCUGAGUGCCUGGGAGGCUGCAGUUCCCCAAGAGACAGCUGGACCUGUGUGGCAUGUCGUAAUUUCUUCUUCAAUGGCCAGUGCUUGCCUUCCUGCCCAGCUAACACCUAUGAAUAUGAGGGCUGGAGAUGUAUCACCGCAGAGUACUGUGCCAGUCUGGUCAAGGUCUCUGAGAACUCCAGGGAGUCUUCCAAGUUUGUCAUCUAUGAGAACCGCUGUCUCUCAGAGUGUCCAUCGGGAUACACCAGGAAUGAGAGCAGUUUUGUCUGCCACAAGUGUGAGGGUCACUGCCCAAAGACUUGCAAAGUUGGGACCAAAGCCAUUGACUCCAUCCAGACUGCAAAAGAGCUGACUGGCUGCACAUACAUCGAAGGAAGUCUGAUCUUCAACAUCCGCCGAGGAAAUAACCUGGCUUCCGAGCUUCAGCGAAGUUUGGGUCGUAUUGAGACCAUCACAGGAUUCCUAAAAAUUAAGCAUUCGUUCGCUUUGGUGUCACUAUCCUUCUUAAAAAACUUGAAGCUAAUCAGGGGAGAAGCCAUGGUGGAUGGGAAUUAUACGUUGUACAUCUUGGACAAUCAGAAUCUACAACAGCUAUGGGAUCCAAACCACGAAAGCCUGUCUAUCCCCACUGGGAAAUUAUACUUUGCUUUCAAUCCCAAACUCUGUCUAUCAGAGAUCCAUCAAAUGGAAGAUCUAAGCGGAACAAAGGGGAGACAAAACAAAGCUGACAUCAACCCUCGAACCAAUGGAGAUCGGGCCUCAUGCAAGACCGAAACUCUAAGAUUUGUAGCAAAUAUGACCGAAUCUGACCGCAUAUUCCUAAAAUGGCAACGAUACAAGCCAGAUAACACAGAUCUUGAGAGCUUUGUUGUCCACUACAAAGAAUCACCCUUCCAGAACAUAACUGAGUACCUCGGACUAGAUGCCUGUGGUGCCAACAGCUGGAACGUUGUAGACUUGGAGCUGCCUUUGAACACUGAACAAGAACCAAGUGUCACUUUGUUAAACUUGAAACCUUGGACACAGUAUGCAGUAUAUGUCCGAGCCAUCACUUUGACUACAGCGGAGGAAGGACAGAGCUUUGGUGCGCAGAGUGACGUAGUGUAUAUUCGGACUAAACCAGCAGCACCAACUGUUCCUCAAGAUGUUAUGAUCAUGUCUAACUCUUCAUCACAUCUAAUUGUACGAUGGAAGCCCCCAAGCCAACGCAAUGGAAACCUUAGCUACUACCUGGUUCUCUGGCAGCUGAUGGUGGAAGAUCAGGAGCUGUAUAGCAAUGAUUACUGUACAAAAGGUCUGAAGCUUCCCACUAGCAGUGCUGAUACCAGGUUUGAUAAUGACGAUGAAGUCAAUCCAGAUGCUGAAGAUAAGUGUUGUCCAUGUCAAAAAAAUAGUGGCCAACUCCUAGACAUAGAUAAGGAAUCCUUUCAGAAGAAGUUUGAGAACUUUCUGAGGAAUACAGUCUUCAUACCAAAGCCUCCAUGGAAAGUGACUUUAAUCAGCAAGAAUAAUCAGAGAUCUCAAAAGAAAAGAGAUGUGUCUGGAAUAAUUGGAGAAGCUCAUGGGAAUAUUUCCUUCGUGGAAGGAUCUGUAAGUCACACCAUUAACAACACUUCAGUGGAGUCCAAGCCUUAUACUUACAAGGACAAGGUCUUCCGAGACAGAAUGGUUAUAUCCAACCUUAGGCACUUCACGGAGUACAGGAUUGACAUCCAUGCUUGUAACCACGCGGCAGACAUUGUUGGAUGUAGUGCCGCAACCUUUGUAUUUGCUAGAACUAUGCCAGACGCACACGCCGAUAACAUUGUUGGUAACAUUACUUGGACGUCCACUGGACCGAACAUGAUCCUUAUAAAAUGGGAAGAACCAAAGAAUCCCAAUGGUUUAAUCCUAAAGUACGAGAUCAAGUACAAGCGAGAACAUGAGGAGGGACCUUCAACAGUGGUAUGCGUAUCUCGGCAAAGAUUCCAAAGAUACAACGGUGCCCACCUCACUGUUGUGGAACCUGGGAACUAUUCAGCUCGAAUCAGAGCCACAUCCUUAUCAGGCAACGGAUCGUGGACAGAGCCCAUCGUUUUCUUUGUGCUUGGCCCAAGUGAGACACAAUCUGAGAACUUCUACCUUCUACUCAAAGUGAUGCCAAUAUUGCUGUUGCUGAUCAUUGCCUGUCUAGGCUUGUUCGUCUUCUUCUACAACAAGAGAGGAAAGAACAAUGGCUACCCCAGUGGAGCUAUGUACGCCUCUGUUAAUCCAGAGUAUUUCAGUGCCUCGGAGAUGUACGUUCCUGAUGAGUGGGAGUUUCCAAGAGACAGAAUUACCAUCAUCAAGGAGCUUGGCCAAGGUUCCUUUGGCAUGGUAUAUGAAGGUGAAGCCAAGGAGAUUGUGAAAGGAGAUCCUAUAACCAGAGUCGCUCUGAAGACCGUCAAUGAGUUAGCCACCAUGAGAGAAAGGAUAGAGUUCUUGAAUGAAGCAUCUGUGAUGAAGGCGUUUAUCUGUCCUCAUGUGGUUUGUCUACUGGGGGUUGUGUCUCAGGGACAACCAGCUUUGGUUAUUAUGGAACUCAUGACCAGAGGAGAUCUAAAGAGUUAUCUACGUUCCUUCAGAGCAGAUGAUGAGAAUAAAGAUAACCACACUCCUCCAUCCUUAAAGGAAAUGAUUCAGAUGGCAGGUGAAAUAGCUGACGGGAUGGCUUAUUUGAAUGCCAAAAAAUUCGUACAUCGAGAUUUGGCAGCUCGUAACUGCAUGGUAUCUGAGGACCUUACCGUAAAGAUUGGAGAUUUUGGCAUGACUAGAGAUAUUUAUGAAACUGACUACUACCGUAAAGGUGGAAAGUCUCUACUUCCUGUCCGAUGGAUGUCUCCAGAAUCUCUUAAAGAUGGAAUCUUUACCCCACACUCGGAUGUCUGGUCUUUUGGUGUGGUCCUGUGGGAAAUUGCCACCUUAGCAGAGCAGCCUUAUCAAGGCAUGUCUAAUGAACAAGUUCUACACUAUGUCAUAGACAAUGGAAUCUUGGAGAAACCUGAGAAUUGUCCUGAUAGACUUCUCCAUUUUGUUUCCAGACAUGAACUGAUGCGUUGGUGCUGGCAGAAAAAUCCCAAAAAUCGUCCAUCGUUCAUACAGAUUCUAGAGAGCAUUAAAGCUGAGCUAAAGCCCAGCUUCCACCAGAUCGCCUUCUAUACUACCUACCAAAAACGUAGAGAAUCGCCUGAAUUGUCUGACCUUGACCUAGAUCAGACAACAAAGAACCUCCUGGAAAUCUCUCCACCAGCAUCUUCAUCUUCAUUCUCCAACUUUUCAUCUUUGUGCAAAGUUGAGAAGGACCAGGCAUUACAUGCCAUAAAUGCCAAGGAGAGUCUUGGUGCCAAGAAGAACAUUUAUCACAUGAAUGGGAAUGCAAAGCACUGAAAAGUCAUGGCUUCUUGUGGGUCCAUGUGAGACUCUACUCAUGUACUGACAUUGCAUGGACUGGCAUACAAUCAUUUUGACAGUUGUCUUACUGUCAAUCAUCUUCUCAAAAAAUUCACUACUCAAAUUUGAUUUAAUCCUUGUGGUCCUGACUGCCAAGCGGAGUCUUCACUAGGUGCUUGACGGACAGCUUGUAGCAGCAAACUGGACAGAAAUGGCUCCAUGGACUUGAGUUGAUAUGAAGAUGUUCUGAUUUUUAACGUUUUAGUUUUUUUUUUAACGUACUGUAAAUUGGACAUUAUGAGCGUGAGAUUUAUUUUUAAUUGUAACGUUAUGGUGUUUAUAGAUGAGUAAGGAAGGAUGUCAGAUGCUGAACUGGAGCUAAGCUCUUUCUAGGACUUUUGCCUAUCAUCAGAAGGUUGGUGUAGAAGGCACCUGAGUUUGGCUGCCAAGUCCUAUCUCCACCCUUUAAUGUUUUAGCCCAGUUUAAGUUCUUUGUUAUCUCAGGGAUGUCCCACAUUUUCUUAUUUAUGACCUAUUUUUUACCAAUACAAACAAUUGUUUCGGAAAGUAUGUGAAAGAUGUAGAAGAUGGCCACCCUCAUUAGAUGGCACUUCAGGCAGCACGGUGUCUUACCAAGCUGUAUUAAGGAAGUUAAGGUUUGCUGGAUUAUUUUAUAAAAAUUUGAUUCUAAUUUAAUGUAAGCCUCACUAAAUGAAUAUAAUGAAUCUUUCAGUUUUCAGCACUUACCAUAAGUUUAAGGUACGUUAUUCAGAUUAUAGUAAGGGCUGAUCUGAUGCCAUAUUACGAAAGUGUUUUCUCCUAGUAGUAUAGCUUCUGGGGAAGUAUCUAUGAUAUGAGGAGGACAGAAAGACCUAAGAUGCCAUGGAUACUCUGAGCCUCCAUACCGGUUCCAUGCAUGUGGCUUCAGCAUGUCCAUGA